AUGCCUCUCCUUCUCAGUGUCAAUGACACCUCAAUGGGAGCGAAGCGCGCCCGGUCUCUCCUCAUCCUGCAUGAAUCUUUCUGCCUUGGCGAGCGUCCGGACCGAGCUGGGAACUCCUGUGCAGAGCCCAGGUACCUGCAGGAGAAGGCAAGGAGUAUAGCUGUCAAUAUACUCGAUGGCAACCCGAUAGAGGAGUCGACUCUGGAUCGCCUGAGAUGUCGAUGUGAUCUAGCGUUGGGUGCAACCCUAUCUGAGUUUCCAAGGACACCGCUGCCUCUGUCAUGCCGCCUCCUACUCAGAAUCCCCACCCUCACCAAUAUUAUACAGCACUGUACUAGAGCCGCGUUUCUCUGUUCCACAAAGUCCCAUCCGAACUAUGCCACGUUUGCGCAGCAACUACGGAGUACUUCGCUUACCAGCUGCUACAAAACCCGUCCUCGCCGAGAUACGUUUCUAGUGGCUUACUUUGCUCCAGGAGAGCUCCUGGAUCGUUUAACCAACGCCAAACACCAAACGCCAAUAUCCUCGGCCCACCCCCGGCUUCUCUGCAUUGCAUCGCUUGGUAUCUUAAAUCACCUAACCUCAUUGAACAAAGCCUGCAUUAUGCACCUCGUUUUCAUUGUCUUCAAUGCUCGUCCGUCCGUCAUACGAAGACGACUCCAUGCCAAGUUUCCCUACCUCGUUUCUAGGCCCCCUAUACCGAUAGGCAUUCAACAGACUGAGCCGACUCGAAGCAACGCACAUUGUAACGGCCGUUUGCAGUAUGUGAGCGGGCACAUGGGGUUAUUGAAGCCUCAAACCCUUCCUCGUCAGGAGCCUGAGAAGCGUACCGGUCUCAUCCAUGUCUGCGCCUCAACAGUCCCCUCCGUCCAAACCGAGAAUUGGGAGUUUUGA